GAACAAACAAAACAACGAAGCAGUGUUUUGGCAUUUAUGAAUGCUCCUUGUUGGGCUGGGAAAGUAGGAUGACACAUGAAUCAUGAGAAAAAUAAAAGAAAAGGAAAAAAGAAUUAAAAAGCAUAUUGGUUUCAAUGAUCAACGAAUCUGCGGCAGUUUUUCAAUUCAACGAUUUGCUUCGUUUGCUGUGCCGAACUGUGCAGAGGCACCCAGAAAAGGCUAGAAGCUUCUAUUGAAAUUCAUUAGAAAAUAAUGGAAGUCAAAGCCAGAGCUCCCGGGAAAAUCAUACUUGCCGGUGAACAUGCCGUCGUCCAUGGAUCCACCGCCGUUGCCGCUUCCGUCGGUCUCUUCACUACAGCUUCAGUUCGAUUGCCGGGUUCUUCAGACAAGGAUGAUCUUGUGAAACUCCAACUGAAGGACCUGGCGCUCGAGUUUUCAUGGCCAAGUAGUAGAAUCAAGGAAGCUUUGGGUGUGUUUGUUGGUGCCAUCUCGACACCCACAUCGUGCCCUGCAGAAUGCUUGAAAUCAAUUGCAUCUCUGGUUGAGGAUCAGAACAUUCCGGAGGCGAAAAUUGGACUUGCCUCUGGAGUGUCAGCAUUUCUUUGGCUUUGUUCUUCCAUACUAGGAUUUGUGCCUGUUGAGGUGUCCAUCACUUCUGAGCUUCCUCUUGGAUCUGGCUUGGGAUCAUCAGCCGCAUUUUGUGUUGCCCUUUCAGCUGCUUUGAUUGCUUUAUCAGGUUCGGUGAAUGUCAAUCGGGAGCACCGUGGAUGGAUGGUAUAUAAAGAAGAGGAAUUAGAUUUGUUGAACAAGUGGGCCUUUGAGGGUGAAAAGAUAAUCCAUGGAAAACCCUCUGGAAUUGACAACACAGUGAGCACAUAUGGCAGCAUGAUCAAGUUCAGGUCAGGCAGUUUGACCCUCAUUGAAUCCAAUAUGCCAUUGAAAAUGCUUAUUACAAACACAAAAGUUGGAAGAAACACCAAGGCUUUAGUUGCUGGUGUUUCUGAAAGGGCCAUUAGACAUCCUGAUGCAAUGAAAUCAGUUUUUAACGCUGUCGAUUUUAUCAGCAAUGAGUUAUCGAUCCUUAUUCAGUCACCAGUUCAUGACGACGUGUCCCUAACUGAGAAUGAAGAAAAGUUGGCGGAAUUGAUGGAAAUGAAUCAAGGUUUACUUCAGUGUAUGGGGGUAAGCCAUGCAUCUAUCGAAACCGUCCUCCGGACUAGCUUGAAAUACAAGCUAGUUUCCAAAUUGACAGGAGCUGGAGGUGGAGGCUGUGUUCUUACGCUGCUGCCUAACUUACUUUCAGGGAAAGUUGUUGAUGAAGUAAUUGCAGAGCUUGAGUCAUGUGGAUUUGAAUGCUUCAUUGCUGGGAUUGGAGGAAAAGGGGCAGAGAUCUCGUUCGGUGAUCUGUCUUGAAUUUUCAAGUUGUUUUUUGAAUGAAACGAACCCUUUUCCUUUUGUUCCUUUCUUUUCAUGAAGUUGAAUACGCUCAUUACUUCACGCAUGUCACUUGAAAAUUUCUUGAAAUCAUGGUUCACACACCCCCAUCCCCCAAUAGGAGAAAUAAACUUUUAUUCUUCCAGUUUGUUAGUUCAACCAGGCAAGAUUUAGAAUGAAGUCUAUAUGGUAACUUUUGUUGAUCAUGGUUAGCGUCAGACUACUGAAAAGUUCUAGUAGAUGAUAAUCUUUCUGCUCAUGAUACUCUUGGUGUUAACUAAAUGAAACUUCUUUCCGGAUAUAUUGGUUUGAGAAUUUCGAAUAGAUAGCUUAUUUUCAAGGGUCCAAAUGAAAAAAUACAUGUGUUUUUAAGAAAAAA